GCAUUUACGUCACGGCGGCAGGGCCGGGGCCUCCCGAAAUGGCAGUGGCCCGGGGAGUCGGAAGCCCGAAGCUAGCGCCGCCGCAGCUAUAUAAGUGGGGGGGCUGUGGGUUGGGGGAGUUGGACUGCGCUUUGGCGAGGCGAGGAGCCGCCGCCCGAGACCCGCGCACGCGAGCGAGGGCGCCGCGGACCCCCGACCCUUUUCCAAGAGGUGAACGCUCGAAGCCAGGAGCUCGGGCGCCCAGGUCUGCACGCCGCCGCGGGGCGCCGCGACCGCCGGCCUCCCCGCAACCUGAACGCCCCCAAGGCCAGCGGGCGAGGCCCCGGGCGCCCCGCAGCCGCCACCGCGCCAUGCUCCACCUUGGCGAGCUUUCCGGCCCCGACGCGCUACUGCUCAAAUCCACCGAAGGCUGUUGCGUCGAACCCAGCGCUGAACUGCCCCGGCUGCCCGCCAGGGACGCUCCCGCGGCCGCUGGCUAUCCUGGAGCAGGCGACUUCUUGAGCUGGGCUUUGAGCAGCUGCGGCGCCGGAGGGGACUUAGCCGACUCCUGCUUCCUCGAGGGUCCUGCACCCACGCCCCCUCCGGGCCUCAGCUACAGCGGUAGCUUCUUCAUUCAGGCAGUACCGGAACACCCGCACGACCCGGAGGCACUCUUCAACCUCAUGUCGGGCAUUUUAGGCCUGGCACCCUUCCCCAGCCCUGAGGCGGCAGCUUCCCGGUCCCCACUGGAUGCCCCAUUUCCCACGGGCCCCGAUGCCUUGCUCUCGGGUCCGCCGGACCUUUACUCCCCGGAUCUGAGCGCAGCUGCUUUCUCAGAGGCGUUUUGGGAGGCUUCGCCUGCCGCUGGCGCCCCCUCGCAGUGCGUGUAUGAGCCUCAGCUCUCUCCGCCCGACGUCAAACCCGGUCUUCGGGCCCCUCCGGUCUCCCCGGCGCUGGACGCUGCCUCGGCCUUCAAAGGUCCCUACGCACCCUGGGAGCUGCUUUCUGUUGGGGCCCCAGGGAACUGUGGGUCACAGGGAGGCUACCAGGCCGCCCCCGAGGCUCGUUUCCCCGCGAUAGGAACCAAGAUUGAAGACCUGCUGUCCAUCAGCUGCCCCGCUGAGUUGCCGGCCGGCUCAACCAACAGACUGUACCCCACUGGGGCCUACGACGCCUUUCCGCUGGCCCCGGGUGACUUAGGGGAGGGGGCCGAGGGCCUCCCGGGGCUCUUGACCCCUCCUAGCGGGGAGGGAGGGAGUAGCGGCGACGGCGGAGAUUUUCUGGCGGGUACACAGCCUCAGCUUUCCCCGCUGGGCAUUCGCAGCGUCGCCAUCACGGACUUUCCAAAACCUCUCGUGGCCGAAAUUUCCGGGAGCAGUGGCGUGGCCGCACCACCGGUGCCGCCGCCGUCGGCCCCUUUCUCCCAGGCCAAGGCGCGGCGCAAGGGGCGCCGAGGCGGCAAGUGCAGCGCGCGCUGCUUCUGCCCGCGGCCUCACGCCAAGGCUUUUGCUUGCCCGGUAGAGAGCUGUGUACGGAGCUUUGCGCGCUCCGACGAGCUCAAUCGCCACCUGCGUAUCCACACGGGCCACAAGCCCUUCCAGUGCCGCAUCUGCCUCCGCAACUUCAGCCGCAGCGACCACCUCACCACUCACGUGCGCACCCACACUGGCGAGAAGCCCUUUGCCUGCGACGUGUGUGGCCGUCGCUUCGCGCGCAGCGAUGAGAAGAAACGGCACAGCAAGGUGCACCUUAAGCAGAAGGCGCGCGCGGAAGAGCGGCUUAAGGGCCUCGGCUUUUAUUCGCUGGGCCUCUCCUUUGCUGCCAUGUAAUCGGGAGCCAAGUUUGGAGGUUGGGCUUGGAGUUGGGGCGUCGCCACUUGGCGCGCACAACAAGAUCUGACCUGUUCCCCUUCCCCGGUCUUCCCAUCUUGCCCUCGCACGCCUCGGGGCAGGCCUCCAGUCCUGUUUCCAGUUACCUUCAAACAAACGCCCGCCGCACACGCCCCGUUCAGCACUAGCUGCGUGGAUAGCUCCUGCAGUCCAAGAGCUGUCUCCCUGUCUGCCGCGCUUUGGGGAAAGUCCUCUUGGACCAUCCACUGAGUAGGCACUUUCUUGGAACUCAAGACAGUCUUUUGUAACUGGCGCGCGCCCCACAGCCUCUUGUAUAACCCCCCAGAGAUAGGGUGGGGCUGCGCUGAGCCGGUCUCGCGCGGAACUUUGUACAGCAAUGUCGUUUCCAGAAGCCGUUGUAUGUAACGUUUUGCUUUGGGGUUAUUUUCUUUUUGUUGUCGUUAAUUUUUGUAAAGCAGACGCUACUAUUAAGCAGUUGACAAAACUGUUUAUUUUUGCAAUUAAAAUUAUUGUGCUAAAAGCUUAUUGAAUCUUCC